CGUCCCACACAUUUCAUCCUAAGAGUUGAGGAAGCUGCGCUAACAAGCUUCCGAGUUUUGUUGUUGUUGUGUUUUAUCGAGUUUUAUUCGAUUUAGCCAUUUUUGAAAUCAAAUUAAUCAAACGUAAAAAAGUAUUUUUUUUUACAAAAAAAAACGAAAAAUGUUAAUAUUUAUUUGCGCGUUGCUGUUAUUUUGUGAAGUUUUCGCAAGAGAUGCUUUGGAUAUAAGGGAACGCGGUGGAAAAGCUUCAAACUGUGACGCGAUCUUCACGAGCGACAUUACAAAGGCGGGCACGUUUUCCAGCCCUUCUUACCCCGGCCCGUACCCCUCAAAAGCGAACUGCAAAUACGAGUUCGUCGGGAAAGGUAGGGAAAGGAUUCAAGUGAUCUUUCAAGAUUUUAGUUUGUAUCAGACAAUGGAGGAACUCAAAGACUGUGAUAAUCAAGAUUCUUUAGUGGCUUUCGUUCAAAGCGACGGUAAAAUGGAACAAAUUGAUCAUUUUUGUGGAAAUAAAAUUCCUAAACCGAUCAUGUCAAAUGGGCCGAAAAUGAAAUUAGAAUUGCGUGGAUUUCAAAGCUCUAACAGGCAUGCUAAAGGGUUUAAAGCUAUGUAUAGUUUUACGGAAAAUUUCGGAAUAAAAACGGGGGAACAAUAUCUUCAUGAAAAAUACGAUUGCGCUUUCAUGUUCAACAGCAGUAAAUCAAAAUCGGGAUAUUUUCAUAGUCCGAAUUAUCCAGGACCUUAUCCUCGAAACACAGAGUGUCAUUAUUUAUUUGGGGGAACUCCGCAAGAAAAAGUUUUUUUGCAUUUUAAUUAUUUUGAUGUGGAAGGGGUUUUACCUUGUGAAGCAAUUUCUGCUUCAGAUUACGUGGAAUUUUCCAACUUCAUAACGCGGGAUCGUUUAUACCCGAGACAUUGCGGAAAUUUGCAGGAAUUCGAUGUAAAAUCGGAUCGGAAUUUCUUUCGCGUGACUUUCCAGUCAAAUGACCGUUUAGAUGCAACCGGAUUUAAUGCAACAUACCGAUUCGACGUUGAAGCAGACAAACGCACAUUAAAACCAGCUUACGCUUCUAAAGGAAGCGCCAAAAAAAUACAAUUAUUCAUUAACUUGGUGUAUAUCGUGCGUUUGGGAAUGGUAUUUUUAUGAAAAUUUUACCUGGAUAACUUUUUUAGUAAACCUCUUUAAACAUAAAGAAAUAAAUAAAUUUGGCUGUUGGUUAAGGAUAUUCUAAAUAUAUUUAAAAGUAAAUUAAUAAAUAUUAACUGAUUGUGAUUGAUGUAAAUAUUUAGUUAGAAAUUGGAGAGGUAUACCAAAAAUAAUGUAAUCAAAAAAUAACCUAAUAUUUUCUCUGUACAUAUCAAACUCGAUUUAUAAAAAUAACACACCAAAAACCAUUUUAAAUAAAUGCAUAGUUUAAUUCAAGAAUCAAACAAAAAUUCAAAAUCGGUGUUAUUAUUAUUAUAAGAUAUAAUGUGAGAUUUUAAGACAAAUUGUAAAUAAAAAGCGCAAUAAAAUAAUUUCUUAUACAACCAAA